AUGAUAUGGAGUGGCAGUAGGAAUUCCCCACGGAAGGAGAUCGAUGUACUAGUUCGACCGACACAUUUGCAAACCCUCGUAGAUGGUCUUGUCGAAACUAAUGACUGGGAAAUCUCCGAAAACUAUGGUCAAACCACGAGAAACGAAACUCAUGUUCGGGACGCCUGGCUCAAAGCUACUUUCUUAGAUCCACAAUUUGAAUAUAUCCGAUUAUGGCCAGAAGAACUGUACCACCUUUUUGUUGGCUGCCACAAAAUCGAAGUAUCUGAUGUCUACGUACGAGACAGCGUGCUCCUCGAAGAAGAGUACCACCGGGACCCAUGUCGACGCUUCGGGCCACCACUCCUUCGAUACUUCGAAGAAAGGAAUCUCCGUCUCUUGCUACCUAUCCAAGCACGAGCUAAAAUCAUGAGGAGAGAUAUCCCCAUCUUCAUCCCCACGAUCGAAGACCACCUCAACGCCCUCCUUGACCAGCGCAGAGAACAGAUCAGGACUAACCUUGACAAUGGAGGAGCCCCAGAGUGGCAAGUCAGGAACUUCAUCCGUUGUCUUUUUCUCGACUGGAAGCCAGCGAGGAAUUGGAUCUUGAGCACGAAGGUUAAGGAAAGAAACCGAGAAUUGAUGGCGGAGAGGAUUGAUAAGUAUCGGAGGAAGCCUUUACUGAAACCCGUCCGUACUAUGGCAGAAAUCAAGGUUCUUAGUUAUAUGCCUUGGGAACGACCCAUCAUGCCGGAGUCUCAGUAUCUUGCGGGGGGAGGCUGGGAAUCUACUGAUAUUCAGAAUUAG